GUGAACCGGAAGUAUUUCUGUAACGCGUGCACGUGACUUACUGGAGCGAAGUAGCGUGCAGAAAGAAAGGAAAUCUUAAGUCAUUUUCUUUUGUCGCCACAACACCGCUGAUAAAAUGUGUCAGGUGACUGAAGAAUAUCAUCAGGACUUGGAGCCGGAGCUGCCGAGCGUGUCAAAGAAAUGUGUCAAAUGCAAGGAGGUGCUUGCUGUGGUGGUCAUCAGAGCAGGAGACAAAUACUGCAGGGACUGUUUCGACCAGUACUUCCGUCACAAAUUCAGGGCUAUGCUGGGAAAAAACAGGAUAAUUUUCCCUGGAGAAAAGGUGCUGCUUGCAGUAUCUGGAGGACCUUCUUCCAGUUCAAUGCUUCACCAAGUCCAAGAGGGUUUGAGUCAGAGUGCUCACAAAAGGUUGAGAUUCUUGCCUGGCAUCAUCUAUGUUGAUGAGGGUGGUGCUUUGGGUCAGUCUGUGGAGGAGAGACGGCUAACGGUGGCAAAGAUGGAGGAUAUGUUUAAAGCCACGGGAUUCCCCUUUCACAUCCUGCCUCUGGAACAGGUUCUUGACAUCACCAGUUCAGUCGUGGUAUUGGGUCCGUCUUCACCACAACCAGCUAGCGCUUACAAAGCAGCUGUGGAUCACUUCAUCCGUAAUGAUGUCAGCAGCAAUGUAACAUCUGAGAAGGAGGUUGGAACAUCACAGCCGUUUGUUCUGGAGUCCCAAACACACUCCUUACGUCAGCUGAUGGACUCUGCUAAGACUCUGACAGCCAGAGAAGAUCUAAUGAGCAUGUUGAGACAACGUGUUCUGGUGCACACAGCUCGUUGUGAAGGAUACAGUAAAGUGAUGUUGGGAGACAGCUGCACCAGACUGGCUGUUAAACUUCUUAGUAGUAUAUCACAGGGCAGAGGAGCACACCUCGCUCAAGACACGGGUUUCUCAGACUGUCGCUAUGGUGACGUUAUAUCAGUGCGGCCAAUGAGGGACUACAGUGCUAAAGAAAUUGCCUACUAUAACCAUCUGUUUCAUGUGCCUUCCGUCUUUACACCAAACCUGCACACUAAGUCAAAAGAAAAGUCCAGUCUCCAGCAUUUGACAGAGAGCUUUGUCAAUAAACUGCAAGUAGAUUUUCCUUCUACUGUCAGCACCAUCUACAGAACAAGUGAAAAGCUGCAAACAGCUUGUAAGAAUUCAUCUUCUGUGGACCAUUGUGAAAGAUGUCUGCUCUGUAUGUGUUCUCUCGAUACUGCAUUUGAGGCAGCUUCAGCCUUCCAGGCCACGAUUCUGUCAGAUCACCUCUCUCAGAACAAAUCUGUUGGCGCUAACAGUUGCUUUCCAAGACAAAAUCCAGGUAGCUGCUGCAAAGACACAGGACAGUGUUGUGCAACAACCUUUGAAGACAGAAGCUGCUCUUCUGGUCAAAGACUUGCAGAUGCAACAGAUCUGAAGAGAUGGUUGUGUUACAGCUGUCAGUUGACUGUCAAAGAUAUGUCAUCUGUGGACGUUCUUCCUCAAUGCAUCUUGUCGGAGGCUCAGAGGAGGCAAAGGAGGUCUCGCAUGAGAGAUGAGAUCAGUGAUUUCCUGCUGGAUGAUUAAAAUGAAAGUGUUCAGCUCAAGGAUCAUGGAACUUUUAUUUCAUGAUACAAGAACAAUAUUCCGGUUUGUGUGAGUCACAUAAUCCAUAUGCUGGCUCUGUGUGGAGAAGGAGGGUAUGUCAAGGUCAAAUAUCUCAUCCUGUAACUUUGCUUUCAUCAGCUUUUAUCAUCCAAACUUUUAAAAUGACACUAGCAUUGUUUUAUGGACCGCUUGUAAUUAAAACUGCAGGUCAAUGUUUGUGCUUUUCAUUUGUGCACAGAUAGUACUUUGGGUUACAAUGAAUUUAUUUGAUCAUUUUGUGUCUGGCUUUAAAUUCUAUAUUGUCAUUUUACAGUACUCUUCCAAGAUUAUGUUAAAAGGAUCCCAGAAAUAUCGUAUUUUCCGGAUUAUAGAGCGCACCAGUAUUUAAGCCACACUUAAAAGAAAAAUAUUUUUACAUAUAUUAGCCGCACUAGACUAUAAACCGCAGAUAUAUACCAGUACGAAAUAAUUUGUAAAUGCUACCUUAAUUGUUUCCAAUCGGUGCCUGUCACACAGUAGAAAAACAGCUGAUCAGACAAAACAGAAAUCAUUGUAAUGGACACACUACUUGCAAAAGGUAGCUCUCCAAUUAGCUAAACAGACUCAGUAGCUCCACUGUGACGUUUUGGUGAAUUACGAAACUGAAACAAUACACAAAUAAUGUAAUUGUAAGUUAAUAAUACUAACACAGACACUGGUGGACGGGUUAGCAUAUUAGCUAAUACUAACAACGCUUGCUUGUAGAAACACUGAACGGUUAGACUUGCGGUUCAAGGGACAAAACAAGAAAUACAUUGUCAACCUGCAGUGAGCAAACUCGUCCAAAAGUUAGCGCCAUAGCACAGACAAUAACACACCUUCUCAGUGUCUCUUUCGUGUUUUUUGUUGUUGUUGAAUACAUAACAUUAUGGCCGUUAUCCAAGAAAAAUCCAUAAAUUACCCGCACCCUUUUUUUAAGCCGCAGGGUUCAAAGCUUGUGGAAGAAGUAGUGGCUUAUAGUCCGGAAAAUACGGUACACAUGGUAUGUUUGUAUGUCAAAAUGUGUGGAUUACACACUUUUUCAAUGAAGUUGUUAUUAUGUAAAUAUGGUAAAACAUUUAACUCUUUGACAAGUUAAUUAUAAGACUUGAAAAUCCACACUGCAGCAACACAAAAUUGUACCAAAGCGUUUUAAUGUAAAAUGCUAAUAAAUGUACACAUAACUAAAGGCUUGAAAACUAGACAGGUGUUUCUGCUUUGUCAGACAGCUUGUGUAUAAUAUCUGUAUUAAUGUCGCAAAAUCCUGUAGUCACUGAAGCAUUAGGUGUGGUCGACGUUUCUGACGCUCUCCUAAUGGCUAUUGUCCAAACCAUAAUGUACUUUUACAACAAAUAAAUA